AUGGCAAGUAUGGCGCUCUCCAUGGGACAGGAAGGCGUAAAACAAGUACCUUGGUUUUCUCUCGCAGAGUGGUUCCAAGUGUACAAACAGAUUUAUUCCAAUGAUAUAGAUGAACAGAUGAAAGGAUAUGAGACGCUGCUUGUUUGGAAAGCAAGGAUACCAAAAUUACCAAUAGGGAUUGAUUGUACUCUUUCAAUUAUGCAAGUGUGUAUUAGAGAUCGUGAAUGGACUCCUAAGAUUAAUAGUGGCGAGUUGCCACUUAGCUAUGAAAAUGAUUUAUGUUUGAUGUACUCAACUACAAUAAUGAGACUUUUAAAUUAUAUAUCUAAUGUAGGACAUACGAAGCAAACAUCUUUAUUUCAGAUUGCACAACAGUUAAAUAUCCCAAAGUGGAUAGUGAACUUAAGGCAUGAUACUGCUCAUAGUCAUGAAUUACCAUCUAUUGGAGUAUUGAAAAUAGCUGUAAACAUAUUACUAACUUGGUUACAUGAAGAAUAUUGGGUAGCAGAAGCUAAAAAAAUUGAAAAAUGUUUGAUUACUGAGGAAUCUAUGAAGGAAGUUCAAGAAACUGAAGAAGUACAGGAUUUCAGUGAUUUAAUAGAACUUUGGACUUCUGUUAGUUUGUAUAUUCAUGCCGGUUACCAUCUAGUAUCUGGUGUUCCAGAUUCUCAGUUGAAGGAAACAUUACAAGAUCUGCGUUCAUAUGCUAUUUCUUUAUUAGAAAAAAAUAGCGAAGAUGUGGAAAGUGAUAAAGAUAACUAUGUGGAAGCUGUCAGUGAUGAUAUAAAAAAAGAUAAAAAGUAUACAUUAGAGACUGCAAGGAUAGUUCUUUUAUCUGAAAUAUCUAGAUAUCUUAACAAAAAAAUUAUACCUAAUAAAAAAGAUAUAGUUUGCAAUACACUGUUUAAUUCAGAAGCUUUUUUACCAAACAAAGAUGUUUUAUCAAUUUUUACCCAAAAUGAAAGCAGUGAAAGUAAAUUAGAAAAAGAUGUUUUGCCAUUAGAUAUGGUCAAUUUUUGGAAAGAUAUAAUAUUUUUAUUAUAUGAAAAAGACCUAAUGGAAACAUUAAUUGUAAAAUUAUUAGAAUUAAUAGACAAUGAAGAAGUAAAGAAAGAAAAAAGAUUAUUAGCUUCUUUAUGGUUAAGUUCUAUAUCAUAUAGUUUUCUGAAACUGGAUAAUGCACAUAUCAUAUCUCGACUUUUAGAAUAUCAAUUAGAAAGAACAAGAAAAAAUUUAUCACCAAAAGUUUUUGAACUUAAGGUCAAAGAGGAAACAGAUCGUAUUUAUCCACAUUUAAAAUGUGUUUUAUGGUUUAAUAUAUCAGAUACCGUGCUACCAUGCUUAACUGAUAUAAAAUUUAUUUCAAAACUUAUAUCGAAUGUAAAUGAAUUCUCAGUCAAAUUCAUUGUGCCUAUGUUAGAAUUAAUAAGUCCAAAAAUAGAUAAAGAAAGCAAACAAUUGCUAUUGAAUUUAAUGAAUGUUUAUGUAAUAGCGAUAGUUGAUAAAAAUGAUAAAAAUUCUUAUGAAUAUGAAAAGACUUUUACACUCAAAGACCUUCAACCUGAUGAAUAUCCAUUAGGCACAGAAAAUAAUCAAAAUGAACUGGAAAAUAAAACAUCUUUUUUAGUUGAUCAAAAAAUUCGAAAUAAUUAUUGGAACUUUGCAGUUACAACUUGUAAUUGGAGAGAAUGUCCAAUAGGUUUGCUUCCUUGGCAGAAUGAUACAUUGGAAUUUAUAAAACCAUUCAAUAUGGUAGUACAAAAAUAUGAUAUUUCAGUAUUAGAAUCUGAAAUUGUUCCUGGAAUUAUAGAUAAGAAAGACUUAAAAAUGCAAAGUCAAAUUAAUUGGGACAAUGUUUUAAGAAAAAAGAAACGUUUGAAAAGGAAACGAGAACGAAGAAGCACAGAUGUAAUAAUGAAUAAGGCAUUAGAAGCUGUUAAAAAAUGAAAAUAGUACAUUUUUAUAUGUUCCAAAAAUUUUAUUCAUUAUUGGCAUGUUU